AUGAAAAAAAAACCAUUCAACAGUCCUAAUCAUCAUCAAAUUAUUAAAAAACCUAUAGCAGAAGAGGGAGCAAGAAUAACACAGAGGUCUGAACGAUUUCGUGAAUCACUUGAUCAAUCACAAUUGGAAAGAGUUGGUAUAAAACAUGACCACAGAAAAAUAUUAUCGAAACAAAAGGCUCCAGUGCAAUAUUUUGAUGUUGUGGAUGAUUUUUUAGAUGUUUUCGAAAUUUAUAUCGACACACAAAUUUCAAUAGAUAAUCUCAAUAAACUUCCUUUAAGUAUUAAUGACAGCAUUAAUAAUAACAAGAGACUUCUUGCAAGAGAUUUCUUCAACGAACAUUCACCACCAAUAAGGCUUAAUACUUUAUACCAAAAACAAUACGAGAAAGAACCAGAUAAUGUUGAUUAUUCAUUUGAAAAUGUUGCCGACUUGGAAUUAUCAUCACCCUUUAGAUCCAAAAAUAAAAAUUCAAGGCAGAAUAGUAUUCACGAUAUUGAGAUGAUAGAAGACAACACAGAAAUUAGACCAAGAUCAAGAUCAAUGAGUAUAGCAAGUUCUAUGUCAGAUUUAAUGGAGGUCGAUGACCAUAUUUCAGAUGAUAGGCCAAUUAAUGAGAAUAUUAAGCCGACGUCAGUCUUUGAAUCACAUGAUAAAAAGUUAGAAGUAGUUUCAGGCGAAAAAAAAGUGAUUGGUAAGGAUCCUCAACUGCCUGAACUGUCUCACAAGGAAACUGUAGCAGAGGAACAAGGCGAUCAAAAACAAAAGAAAGAUGAAGAAAUAAAAUGGAAGGUUUUUAAAGUAUCAGGACCACCAUCAUGUAUAAAUCUUCAUGAAGAGAUAAAAAAAUUACCAGUGUUUCCAGGAGAUAAAAAACGUGAAGAAAAACGUAAACAACGCAUUUCCAACUAUAAAAGGUGUAAUAUUAAGUUCACGUCAUUAAGAAUGCUUGAAAAGCAGAGAAGAAAAACUGACAAAGAGAGAAUUAUCAAUCAAAUGCGAAACAUAAAAACAAUAUUGAGGGAAUUGGAUAGAAAAGAUAUGCAAGGAUAUAAACCUGGUACCAAAGCUUUAUAA